CGCCGACUGCAGUGGAGUCCAUGGCGUCCGAACGCAUCUCGAGCCGACCGGCCUGCCUCCUCGUGGCCAGCGGCGCCGCGGAGGGAGUGUCGGCCCAGUCGUUCCUCCACUGCUUCACGCUGGCCAGCGCCGCCUUCAACCUGCAGGUGGCCACCCCUGGGGGGAAGACCAUGGAAUUCGUGGAUGUGAACGAGAGCAAUGCGCGCUGGGUGCAGGACUUCCGCCUCAAGGCCUACGCCAGCCCCGCCAAGCUCGAGUCCAUCGACGGUGCCCGCUACCACGCCCUCCUGAUCCCCAGCUGCCCCGGUGCCCUGGCCGACCUUGCCAGCAGCGGGUCCCUGGCCCGCAUCCUGCAGCACUUCCGCUCGGAGAGCAAGCCCAUCUGCGCGGUUGGCCACGGUGUUGCCGCCUUGUGCUGUGCCACCACUGAGGACAGGUCCUGGGUGUUCCAGGGCUACAGCGUGACAGGGCCCUCCGUGUGCGAGCUCGUCAGGGCACCCGGCUUCGCCCGCCUGCCUCUGGUCGUGGAGGACUUCGUGAAGGACGCAGGCGCCUGCUUCAGUGCCAGCGAGCCCGACGCAGUACAUGUCGUGCUGGACCGCCACCUUGUCACCGGCCAGAACGCGAACUCCACCGUCCCUGCCGUGCAGAGCCUGCUGAUUCUCUGCGGCAGCCGGAAGUGACACGCGGUUGCCCACUGGGCCACCUCCCUGCCAGUGGAUGCCACCACCCGCAGACGGCCCAGGUGUUCCCAGAGGCCGCCAGACGCUGCAGGCCUUCAGGGACCCGGCUCCCGUGCCAGCUCUGGAGAGUGACUCUGAACCCCAGGCAGGCCUCCGGGGGCCAGCGCUGAGGGGCAUCCGGGCCGGCGCUGCUGCCCUGGCCACCAGGUGGGGCCCAGGCCCCGUGCGAGCAGUCGCUGGAGCAGUGGCGCCCAGCGAGCCGGCUGCGGGAGUCCCGGGGUGGGGUCGGGGCCCCUCUGCUCUUCCUGGGCGGCCCUGGGCACCCUGGCGGGGGUGAGCGCGUGCCCCGUGGUCUGCAGCCCCGCCCUUCGGGCGCUAGCUGGCCGGUACUGGAUCAGCGCUUUUGAUUUGGGUCAGAGGUGAAGAGAAAAUGAAUCUUGUGGUCACAGCUCCUGACCCCAGCUCUGCCCUGAUUGGAGCCCUUGCCUCCUGCGUGGUUUCAGGUGUGG